AUGUGUCUCUUUUUGUAGAUUUAAUGGGGGUUUCCACGGAAGCUAUAGAUGCCUUAUCACAUGCCGGUAUAACAAUUUCACGAAGACAUCUGGAUAGAGAAAAGACAGCCAUUGCUGAUAAUCAUUCACAUAGAAUCGCACCAAAUGGUAUAUCAGUUCACAAUCCAAAUUUAGUUAAUUCUAACCUUAUUUGCAAUUUUUUAGAUACCUACUAUAUGAAACGAAUGUCUAAAACGUUUAAUGACCAGUUUUAUCGUGAAGUACCUUUGGACAAGAAACUUGAGAAUAUGACUCUUCACAAAUACGAUUCUCGUAUACAAGAACAGCAGGAAGAGCGCAAAAUGAAAGACACGAUUCUCUUAGAUUUUUUUGAACUUAGUCUUAAAAACAUGGAUUCGUAUAUUAAUGCUUUGCGAGAAGUUCAUAAAAUUCCUUUAUUAAAUAAUUAUUUAACUAACCAUGUUAUUCCAAUUGUAGCUGAUUGGCCCGGGCAGGUAUUUACACGCCAAGCAAUUACUCUUCAUUUGUUAAACCGUAAAGAUGAUAUACCGGACAGUAUAUUAUCUUUCGUUCCAAUUAUUGGCGUCCUUCAUAUUCAGCUAAAUCUACUCGAGUCUAUACUAAAGACUUAUUGGGACUUUUUCAAUAUGGAGUAUAAAUAUAUAUUUAGUACAAAUAUAGCGCUCAGCAAGACACCAAGCCCGUAUCGAAUAUUUGUACUUCUUGAGCUAGUAAGAAGCGCUUGGAAGAAAAUCAAGCCAAUAGUAAUAGAUAAGUUCAGAAAAUAUUAUAAGAAUAUUGAAUUUUUAUUUUUAUUUGAAUUAUUAGACAAUACAGUACCGGUCGGGUUAGAUAUAUAUUCAACUUUAUUUCGGUCUGGAGAUUGGGAAUUAUAUAUCGAAGGCCUUUCCAAGAUUGCCAAGGUCGUUAGUGCCAGAAAGGAUAUUAUCGCAUUUGAAGAUGCAUUUGUAGUUCAGAAAAAGUCUACGUAUGCGGAUGAAGAUAAUUUGACCUUAUUAACAAAAAAGGCUUCUAUCGUCGAAGGCAAGGAAGAGAAAAUUACUUACAAAUUAGCUUCGUUGAAUCUUGUCGUAGACAAAAAACAAAUGCCGUUAGGGUUUAGCAGUGAGCAUUUGCCAUCAUUCGACAAAUGUGAUCAUU